AAUGGUCUUUUCGGAAUUUCUUGGAGCAAUAUCAUUUUUGCAUCCGCAAUUUGACGAUGAUUUUGUGGACCGUUUUCAUUACUAUUAUACGAGUACUUUUUUGAUUCUCACUUCUGUGCUUAUCAGUAUUAAAAUGUUUGGUGGUCGUCCUAUUGAAUGUUGGGUUCCUGCUGAAUACAAAGGUGGAUGGGAAGAUUAUACAGAAAUGUUUUGCUGGGCUCGAAAUACUUAUUGGAUACCAUUCGAUCAGGAAAUUCCGGAUAAUCUCGAGACUAGAGAUACGCGACAAGUUUCAUACUAUCAAUGGACACCGUUUUUUCUAAUCAUUUCGGCUUUCUUCUUCUAUUUACCAUGCUUAUUAUGGCGAGUACUUUAUUCAAAAUCAGUGAAACGGCGAGCAAAUAUUAACGGUUUAUCGGUUCAUUUAUCGUCGAUUCUGAAACAUCGCUUUCAGUUUGGUGUUAAUCAUCCGUAUCAUUAUCGCAUCUUAAAAUUAUUCAAUCUACAAUAUUACGAAGCGUAUUUAGCAGUACUCUAUAUAAUGAUUAAAAUUUUCUAUUUAUGCAAUGUUAUUGGACAGAAAAAUUUUUAUGGAAUCGAUGUGAUACGUGAUUUGAUAAAUGGAAAGCCUUGGACGGAAUCGGGAAAUUUUCCUCGAAUAACGCUUUGUGACUUAAAUAUUCGAAUAUUAGGAAAUAUUCAAAGACAUACCGUCCAGUGUGUACUUGUCAUUAAUAUUUUCACUGAAAAGGCAUAA